AUGGAGGCAUACUAUGUAGAGGAUACGGUCGGCUCGGGCUCGUUCGGCGUUGUUGUCCGCGCCGUUCACAUGCCAUCGGGCCUGCGUGUGGCGCUCAAGCGCAUCCCUGCUCUCGAUGUCCAGACGCUCACCCGUCCGCGCCGUGGCGGCUGGCCGGCGACGACCGAGCCGAACGAGGCCUCAGCCAGUCGCGGAGGCUGGCCGGCGACGACCGAGGUGAAUGGCGCCAACGACGAUGGCGGCGGGGCUGCGAGCAGUGCUCGGGAGAAGCCGAGUCAGGGGCUGGACGAAGAGGAGGAAGGCGAGCUGGCGCUGGCGGCCGUCCGCGAGGUGCUCGCCCUCACGGGAAUGGAGCAUGUGAACGUGGUGCGGAUGUACGAGGCCUUUGCCCAUGGCACCUCGCUGGUCCUUGCGCUCGAGUUGUGCGACUUGGACCUCGGGGCGGUGCUGGCGGCACCAGGCGCUGCGGCGCUCCUCUCGCCGCGAAAUGUCAAGGCGGCGAUGGCCAUGGUUCUUGACGGUCUCGCUUUUCUGCAUGCAGCCGACAUCAUCCACCGCGACAUCAAGCCAGCUAACCUGCUCAUCUCUCACGACGGCGUGGUCAAGAUCGGCGACUUUGGUCUCGCUCGCGUUCACGUCGCGCCAGGGCCUGGCGAGCCGAAGCACAUCUACUCGCAUCAGGUUGCGACACGCUGGUACCGUGCUCCCGAGCUGCUGUACGGGGCGACCAGCUACGAUGAAAAGGUUGAUACCUGGGCAGCCGGUGCGGUGUUGGGCGAGAUGCUUGCCGGCGGCUACCCGCUGUUUCCGGGCGAGUCGGACAUCGACCAGCUUGUCCGCGUCAUGGCCGUUCUCGGCACGCCGUCGACCGAGACCUGGCCUUGCCUCGUCGAUCUGCCUGACUAUGGCAAGAUCCGGUUCCAGCCUCAAGACGGCAUGCCGCUGGCCGAGUUUCUACCGGACGCGCCGAGCGAGGCCUGCGAGUUGCUGGCGGCGCUGCUGUGCUACAACCCUGACGCUCGCGCGAGUGCGGCUGACGCCCGUGCGGCUGGGUACUUUAGUGUCAAGCCGGAACUACCGGCGCCGCUGGCGCUCGACCUCAGCGCCGACCUCCGCCAUCCACCGGCGCCGCCUCGCAUCGCUGUUGACCCGCUGGUCGGCGGUGUGCUUGGCAGCUACACACCGCACCGCGCUGCCGACUACCCGUGGUGA